CAAUUGUGAAAAGCUGAAAGGCUGGGUCACAGAGACGGUGGACUACGGCCUACGUCAGAGCUCUUGUCGAGCAAGGUGGGACCUGCGAACGUGGUAUACCAACCUCAAGACCAGGGUCAGACAUCGAACGAAUGGGAAUCGAAUCGAUAGAUUCCAAGGCAUGACCCAGGCAAUCGGGUCGUCGAGACCAACCGACGCCAUCGCACACAUAGGCAUAGGUCAUCCAGACAUUCCUAACAGGAGGUCUAUCGGUGAUGCACAAGCUUUGCCUCUUAUCUCCCCCGUUUCGGCGUUUGUACCUGUCGGUGUUUGUCCAAUGCAGGUUAAAUUAGAUCGAGUGAUACAAGGGCGGUUGAUUCAAUUGGCCGUCGUUGUCGACUUUUGAAUGAUGGAUGCCGCCCUCAUGUCGGGGUGUGGUGGGCCCUCCUCGACGACGAUCCCGAGUCGUUCGGGUCCGUGUGGGCCUGUUAAUCCGGCUUCCCGGGGACUGGGAUGUCGAUCCCCAUCAUGCAGGCCAACCACUACAACCCAAUUAUUGCAUCCAAAGGAUAGGGUGUCGACAAAUCCCACAAUGUCGGGUCUGCAUGAUGGUUUAUUCUUUCGGUCGACUGUGUUGUUUCUUCAGCCUGGCCGGGUCGUCAUCCGAACCGGUGGAUGGUCUAGGGGUGGUUCGCGUUCCGUUCGGUACAGCAGCCAACACCCAAGGCGUCGGUGGCGGCCUGAGAAAUGGCAAGGCAGAAAGAUACCAGCUUCCGGAAGCAUGCAGAAGAUAUGCAGACGUUGUGAGGCAGAAACCUCGGACGGGCGGACAAGUGGUGUUGUGCUUUUGUAAUUUCGACAGAUCGGAGGAGAUGUAGGAGGGAGAAGACGGGUUUUUGAGAUGCACGGAGCGACCU